AUGCGCGAGAUCCUGCUAGGACGUGCAGACCCGCCUCAACUGACCGGAGACCUAGCUUAUCGGCUACUGCUCAAGACUGAAGACAUGAAGAAAGACCCGGAACUGUUGGAAUUCAUCGAGAAGCCACAAGUCAACUACUGGCUAGGCCCAGACGCACAUGCUGUCAACUACGUGCUUCGGGGUGGUGAGCUGUUCAACAUGGUACUUCUGGUACCAGACGAUCUUCCAGAGGGCGUCAACGUCCAGCCAGGGAACAUACAGGAGAUGCAGGCCUUAUACAAAGACUGGGAUCCGCGAAUAGUGAAGCUCCUUGCGCUCUGCGAAAGUGUGCACAAGUGGCGCUUGGCCAUUAAGCAGGAAGUCGAGAUGUGGUCGCACCCAACAGGCAGCUUCACGCUUUUAGGAGAUGCCGUGCACGCCACGCUGCCUUAUCUUGCGUCGGGUGCUGGUAUGGCCCUCGAAGACGGUGCAUUCCUCGGCGCUUUGUUCUCUCGCAGCACUAACCCGCGCGAUCCCGUCGAACGUCGUCGGCUGCUUGCAAUUUACGAGAAAUGCCGCAAAGCACGCACCAACAUGGUCGUCUCAAGAGGCAACUUGCAACAGUAUUUGUACCACUUACACGACGGGCCAGAGCAACAAGAACGAGACCGAAAGAUGCAAGCAAUGGAGCCGGGUGAAGCUUUGGCCUGGAGAGACAGCGGGUUGUCUCCUCAGCUUUUGGGCUAUGAGGUAGACCGAGACAUUGAUCGAUUUUGGCAUUUACAAAGUGAGGAGAUCGUGGCGAAACCACAUGCGCCUCCAGGGGGAAUUGAGGAAACUGCUGUCAGAGCCAGUCUGUAG